UAUUCUACACCGAAGAGAUAUGUAAAAGCUCAGUAUCAAAGUGGAGCCACCUCAGUCGAGCUGCGUCGUUUAACAAAGGCGGUGAGAAGCAAAACUCAUCCGGAUGUGGCCGAGUGAAACACGACUUAUCACCUCCACGAUCGGUGGUUUCCCCACAGUCCCAACACUUCCAGCCAGUGUUCGCAUGUUCCCAUGAAAAAUUACUCAUUCGUUACCGCACUCACACAGCGCACUUCGUUCCCAUCGUGUUGAGUCAAUCACAAUCACUGCCAGUAGUGAGUGUGUGUAUUGAGUGAGUGUACUAACCGUACUAACAUUCAAUGAUAGCGUCCCGAGCACACAAGUGUGAAAUGCGGAAAAUCGCGAAUUAUUUUUAACCACCGAGCGCGCUGAUUUAGGACAUGGGAUUCUGCACCAGCAGAAAGUUAUUGCUCACAAUCUGCAUUCUCCAACUGUUUGCACUAUGUGAGAGGCAAGUUUUUGAGUUUUUGGGUUUUCUAUGGAUACCAAUACUCUUAAACUUUCUGGAAAUCAUCUUUGUCAUAUUUGGUUUCUUCGGUGCAUAUCAGUACAGACCCAAGUACAUUGCCUCAUAUCUAAUAUGGCAUAUUUUAUGGUUGGCAUGGAAUAUUUACAUCAUUUGCUUAUAUUUGGAUAUUGGUGUGCUCGAUCACAAGCAAAGCGGUGUAAUCAAAAUUGAUCAAUGGAGUGAAAGCUGGUGGGUGAAAAAUGGCCCUGGAUGCAGAGUGGAGUUAAAUGUGACACAUCCACACCCAUCACUAGAAAAUGUAGUCAAUUGUUAUGUGGAUUAUCGUUAUGUGGAGAUAUUUCAAGCUGGGCUUCAAACAACACUAGCUUUACUGGGACUCAUCACAGGUUUCUGCCUGAGCAGAACUUUUCUCGAGGAGGAUGACAGUUCCUCACAUAAGCGCAAAAAUGCGAAGCGCAUGUCGCUGUACUCGAUUGAGUUCAGCCCGCAGCAUGAUCGUGCCGACAGCGACAGCAACGACGGCGACGCCCAUCCAACGGCGAUAUCUCCGAAACCAAUGACACCACGUCGUGUAAAACGCAGGAGUGUCAUGCAGCGUGGUACCACCAGUCGGCAUAGUACAACUUCUCGGCGACACAACAACCACUCCCACACGCAUUCGCAUACGAAUCCACGUUCGUCCACGCGCAGCUCAAGGCGGAGCGUUGUGCAGAAUCCCGUCACGCGAUUGAUUGAUCAACAAGCCAAGAUGGCCGCUGCUGCGUAUGAUCACUUCGACGUGCCAUCUAGCAGCAUGGAUCUCAAUUAUCAUGACUAUCAUAUGCAAACUGGCGCGCCGGGUGGUAGUGUAUCAACGAAUAAUCUUGUCGCACCACAUUUACCACCUGGAUGGUCGAGUAAAGGACACGCGAAUCCAACGUAUCAACAAUCAUCAUCGCAAAGUCUUAACGAGCAUGAUGAUUUCGAUGAGUUGUAUACGAAUAGGCCGCCGUCGGCGCGUUCCAGUUAUUCUAACUUCCAUGGCACACGCGCGAUAAGUUAUGCGCAUGCGCAGCAGCCGCCGUAUCCGCAACACCCGCAGCAUACGAUUGAUCGCAUGGCGCAUUCGCAAACCGCGCCGCAGCCGCAAGUACCACAGAAAAUGAACACGCAUCGUGGUAGUUUAAGGUCGAAGGCGUUUUUGAAUAAUGGCCCGCCUGCAUAUACGCCGCACGGCCAUGCUCACAAUCACACGCAUGCCCACAACCACCAUCCGCACGCGCAUUCACCGCCAUUGGACUCGGAAACUGCUAUCUAACCUCAAGUUUGAAACGUUUUUAACCUUGAAUCAAAGCCGAACGUAUGUAAGUACAUAAGUCUACUUAAAAUCCAAAUCGAGUGCAAUUUUUUUCCCUGCACGAUUUUGUGAUAUAUACAUUGACUUAGAUUUUUAAACGUUUUGACUCAAUGAAGCAAUAAUGAUCGUUGUACAUUUCUAUAACUUUGGAUAACUUUGAUGUGAUUGUGAUUUUACUCGAAACAAAAACAACAAAUGAUGCUCACCAAGCUGUUCACACUAGCAAUAAUUAUUAAUUGUGUGGGGAGGGGAUACAUUUGAGGUUAUGUGAAUGACAGCGGUUUGAAUUUUUACAUCAGGCGGUUUUUUUAAAGUUUUUAUUUAAUAACGCAAAAACUAAUAGAGAUAAACUAAUAAUUCUUUCAUAAAUAUAUGGAGAAUUAAAUUAUUUAUUGAUUUAUACAAGUUUUAAAAUAAUAAGUUAUUACAUAAAUAUUUACAAGCGAAUAAUCUUCAAACAGAUUAAAAAUAGAAAAAUUACGGUUUUUGCUAAAUAAAUUGCUCUAAAAAAUUAUUUCUGAUAAAUUUUUUGAUUGAUUAUAUGAAGAAUUUAAUAUGGAAUUUAUCUUUGAAAGAAUUAUGGUAUUAUUUCUUUUAGUUUGUUAGUUAUUAAUGAAAAACCAUCGAAACUCAAUUUAUAGACCGCUGAAUCUAAUAAGUUAGGGAUAGCGGUCUGAAAUAUUACGGAACUGUACGCGUCAUUAUUUUAAUUUAUUAUUCAAAGACUAAAUACGCUAUAAUUAUGAUUCUUUCACCAAACUAUUCUCUAUUAAAUUCUACAUUGAAGAAUGUAAAUUUAAAAAAUAUUACAUUUUUAGAAAAAUAGUUACAGGCUAUCAAAUUUCACUUUUGUAAAAAUUGAAGAACCAUACUUUUUACUGUAUAACUCGCUCAAAAAAUGGUUAUCAAACUAUAUUUACCACUUUUAGAUACGCAAUUUAACGUAGAAUCCAUUUAUGAAAGAAUCAUUAUCCUAACUUGUUUAGUUUAGGAAUAAUUCACGAUUAACGCUUAAAAAACGUUUAUUGUAUAAUUUUAGACCGCUGUACUACACAUAACUCUGAAUUCCUCCCCGCACAUUAUACUUGUAAGCAGCUUUUGACAAACUUUUACAAUAUUUACAAAUUUACACGACUUAUGUAAACUACACUGUAAAUACUUAUCGUUCCAACCUAAUUUAGUCGUAAAUCGCAUAGAUUUAGCGUGUAAUAAUCUCAAAAAAUCUCAAAACCAAGUACCUAGAGUCUAGACGAUACGUAAAAUUUGUAUAUAAAUAUGAAUGCGUUUGUAUUGUGCUUGUGUUUCCUUAAUGUUUAUCAUUUUAUUGCCAAAGUAUUAUUAUUUAUGUUAGGUUAUAGUUUAACGGUUGUACAAAUCUCCUUCACUUAUAAUUACUUUAUUGUAAUCAAACAAACAAAAAACGAAAUCAAAAUCAUGCUGCAAUAUAAUUUCGUGCAAGACCACAUUAUAAAUCAUACAUAAUAAAGAAAAACAGGAUAUA